UUGAGAUUUUAAACGCGUUACAUUUUUCUCGAUUUUUAACCGUAUUAAUUUAACUAAAGUGAAAUUUCGUCCAAAGGAAUUUUUUAGAAACAGAUUCUUUAGCAAAUAAUCGAUAAAAGUGUAAACGUGUUUUUCCAAUUCAAGGUCGUCGUUAAGGUGUGGCAUUUUAGUUCGUUAGCCGCGACGAUCGUGGCGUGGCGCUGUUGUAGCGACUACUUUGCGUCAUCGACUGGUUUCUUGGCUCUGAAUCAUCAUGGCGGACAACGUAGACGGGGAGAAGAUUGGCGAGGGAAAAAAUUGCGAUCAGAACGAAAAGAGCUGCGCUUCCAUCAAUAACAUAACCGGAAACGAAGAAAAGAAAACAUCUGCUUCGUCUCAACAAAUGAAUAAUACAGAAUCUAUAGUCAAUACAGGUGGUAAUCAUGCGAGGAAAAGUAAGAAGAAAAACAAACAUAAAGAUGAAGAGAAUGCGUUUUCUAGUACAGAUUCUGCAUCGGAUCUAAAAGCACCACCCUUAGCUAAGUUGCAGGAGAUACAGAAGGCUAUGGAGAUGCUUAAUUUCCACCAAGGUCCGGCCAAAACUCACGAAGAAGCGUUGAGGAAAAGUUACGAAUUUUGGAGCACUCAGGCCGUUCCGAAACUGGACGAAGUCAUCACCACCAACGAACCGAUAGAACCCGACAAGAGGGUCGAAGACAUUAGGAAAGAGCCGUACAGUCUUCCUCAAGGAUUCGUGUGGGAUACUUUGGACGUUAACGAGUUGUUUGUUUUGAAAGAAUUGUAUCAGUUGUUGAACGAGAAUUACGUGGAAGACGACGACAACAUGUUCAGAUUCGAUUACUCUCCGGAGUUUCUCCGGUGGGCGCUGCAGCCUCCGGGAUGGCUUCGUCAGUGGCAUUGCGGAAUACGCGUCAUAAAGAGUAAGAAGUUGGUCGGAUUCAUCAGUGCCGUACCCGCGGUCAUCCGGAUAUACGACCACGUGCAGAAGAUGGUGGAGAUAAACUUUCUCUGUGUGCAUAAGAAACUUCGGUCGAAGAGAGUCGCUCCGGUCCUCAUUCGCGAAAUCACCAGGAGAGUCAAUCUGGAGGGAAUAUUUCAGGCCGUCUAUACGGCGGGAAUAGUUAUUCCCAAGCCGAUCGGAACUUGUAGAUAUUGGCAUCGUUUUCUAAAUCCUCGUAAGUUGAUCGAGGUGAAAUUUUCCCAUUUGAGUCGAAACAUGACGAUGCAGCGGACUUUGAAACUAUACAAGCUUCCGGAGGCGCCCAGAACACUAAACUUUCGACGUAUGGUGCCAUCCGAUGUUCCUAAAGUGCAGAAGAUUCUGUCUGUUUAUUUAAAGAAGUUCGAUCUUGCGCCCGUUUUUACGGAAGAAGAAUUCUGCCACUGGUUUAUUCCUCGCACGGAAAUAGUGGAUAGUUUCGUCGUCGAGAAGAACGGAAGAAUUACGGAUUUUGUUAGUUAUUACACUCUUCCCUCGACCGUUAUGCACCAUCCGGUUCACAAGACUCUGAAGGCCGCGUAUGCGUUUUAUUCGGUCAGCACGGCUACUCCUCUUGCCGAUCUUAUGCAGGAUGCUCUCAUAACUGCAAAAAAUGCGGGAUACGACGUUUUUAAUGCCCUCGAUCUCAUGGAAAACAAGGAAUACUUGGAUAUUCUGAAGUUUGGUUUAGGUGAUGGAAAUUUGCAGUAUUACUUAUAUAACUGGAGAUGUCCACCUAUGAGUUCUAAUAAAAUUGGACUCGUGCUCCAAUAAUUCGGAAAAGAAAAAAAUUAACAAGGUAUGCCGAAAAAAUUAUACAUUCUGUUUAGAGGAGUAGCCACCUUACAAUUAUCAAUCACCAAAGUGCUACUUCCUAUAGAAAUAAAUGACAAUAUUAAGAAGCUUUGAAAAUUAUUCUCAUUAUUUCUCACGAUUUGUUUCUUUUGGAAAUCGACCAUAGAAAAAAUGCAAAAUCCAAAAAAAUAAGCAUUUUUAGAGGUAUGUUAAGUAUCAGAUUAAUUCCGUCAAAAUUCUAUUUAAAAAUAGAAACAGGUACUUGUAGCUUAGACUACUUAGUACUAACGUAAUGAAUGUUCAGUCAUAAUUACAUGUAUCCUAUACAUAUUGGUUUGUUGCACGGUUUGCCAUUUGUUGUAAGAGAUUGGAGAUAUUUUGCGUAACACAUACGAAUUGAUUAAAACGAUUAAUUCAUUUAACCGCUUUCUAAACCUGUCAUUUAAUUGAACAUAUUAUUCCAUUAAUCAAUUUUAUAUUCUAACAUAAAGCUAUUCCAUAUUUCUUAAAUUUAGACAAUGAUGAAAUACCUACCAAAUAUGCCUAUUGGUUAACAAAUGAUUGUAUUGUAUUGUAAUCUGUAAUAUGAAUUUCUAAUUAAAUUGAUAAUGUUAUUGUGGGAAAUAUUUGUGUAAACAUAAUUUUAUUCGUAAAAUUCACGAUUCUAUGCAAACGUGGCGAUUUGUACGGAAGUCGGAUCGACAGAUGCAGAGUAAUUUUGUUAAAUAUAAUGCGAAUAAAUUAAGCAAAACCAAAUUAAUGUUUUUUGCAGAAUUUUACUGCCUUUGUCAGAUAUUGCAAAGAUAGAAAAAUGCUGUCGAGAACAUUACUUUCGUUUACGUUUAAAUGAUAAUGGAAUUAAGGCAGACACACUUGCAAAAAUACAGAAAGAUGUUAUAAAUUGUAAGCAUAUUGUAGGUAGAUCAUGCACUGUAUGAAUUUUAUGGUAGCCUAUUAAGUCAUUGAAUUGUGUGACAAUUUUAGCAAUUUUUAAUCAUAAUCAUUAACAAUUACUUCUUAACAUUGCCAGUAUCAAAUCCACUUGCAACAAUUGAGAUUAAGAUUUUAUACAAUUAUAUCAACAAUAUCUAACUUAGAAAACAGAAGAAAUUGUUUAGACUGCCAAAAUUCAAGAUUUGUUUUAUCAUAAGUGUAUACAUAAAUACACUUGAUACUAAUUGCAAGUUACUUUUUCAAAUCCCUUAAGCAAAUAUCAGAAAAAUAAACAAUUAUUACCAUAACUUUUAUCAGCUGUGAUAAAAACUAAAUUUUAGCCCCUGUUAUCAGUUUAUUUCAAUUAAUAACUGAUAUUAUCCAAUA